GGGGCGGCGCCUGCAGCACGCCCUCCUAGGCGGCGGCCUCCUCUGCCUCGCGGCGCUGUGCCUCGUGGCGCCGCGGCCCGCGUCCGCGGCGCCAUGGGCGCACGCGGCGCACGGCCUGCGCGCGGCGGCCCGCCGCCGAGCCGCCGCGGGGCUCCUCGCCGCGUCCGCGCUGACGGGGGCGCUGGCGGGGCAUUCGCCUCGGGCGCUGGCGCAGGAGUUGCAGAUGAAACGAGCGCCUUCGGGGCUCAAGUAUUCAGACGUCAAGGAGGGCAGCGGGGACCCCCCGACGCCGGGCACCACGGUGACCAUCGACUACGUGAUGGCCACCACGGGGUCGCGGCAAGGCAUCGACAAACUGGAUUCGACGAAGGAGCGCGAGGAGCCCUUCACGUUCCGGCUCGGCGACCCCACCGUCAUUGCCGGCCUCCAGGAGGCGGUGUCCGGCAUGCGCGCGGGAGGUGUUCGACGUGUGAUUGUCCCAGAAUCGCUGGGCUACACGGAUCUGAGCAAGCGACCUGUCCCGCCGAGCUUCGACAGGCUCCAGCGCUUCCGGGUGAUCUACCAGAACCCGAACAGGAUGCGCCAGCCGGACCUGAUCUUCGACGUGAAGCUGUUCACUUUCCAGAGCAGGUGAGAGACAGCCACGCGCGCGGGCCGCUCGACCGCGAGCAGAACACGCCCCUGCACCCCCACGCCCGCCCAGCUGCGCGGACGCGAGAGACCGCUGGGCGCAUGAGCGGCGAGGCGCGGCUUCCACUGCCUCGAGAUCCGCGGCCAGCGGAAGAUGCAGGAGUCUGGUGGUGCGAGGGAGGCACGCCGCUGCGCGGCCCCGCCCACGUGGAGCUGCCGCAGUUCCUGCCCCUCACGCAGUUCUACAUCGGGCGCUUCGCGUCGACGAACCACUCGGUGCUCUUCCUGUGGGUGCGCGGCUCCGGCGCCGACAAGAGCCUCGUGAUCGUGGUGGUGCAGGACCAGACCAAGCCGCAGCCGGCGCGGACCCUGCGGCGGUUCAAGCUGGCGCUGCGCGACUGCCCCUUCUUCGCGCCCCUCGUGGUCGGCGACGAGACCAAGCGGCCGUUUCGAGGUAUCUGCGCCUUCGAGAUGCGGCUCUCGGACAUCCAGGGCCUCGACUACCUGAACCCGCUGAUCGUGAACGCCAGCAGGCUGGUGGUCGAGGCGAAGAGGCUCACGAAGCGGUGGUUCCCGACCCUGGGGCACUGCGCCCGGCACUACAGCUGGGACCCGCCGUCGCUCGAGCCCUCACGGGACAGGAAGGCGCGCGUGGAGUCGCUGCUGUCCGAGCUGUACCGCCCGCGCGCGCGCAGCGAGGCCCAGUGGGAGGCGGAGGAGGAGCCCCACGAGGAGGAGGAGGAGGUCGUGUCCCUGCCGCAGGUGGUACCCCGGUCCGAGUUCUGCUCCCGGGGCGCCGCUGCCGAGCCGCGGUCCUACGUCUUGGACAACUGGGAGGAGAAGAACUACGAGACCCUCAACAGGCUCGUCCUCGGGGCGGAGCGCAUGCUGCGCGUGAAAAGCGAGGUACAUGAGGCCAAGCGGAGCCCACCGUCGGCGCAGUCGACGCCCUGCAGGUGCCGGCGGGCGCCGGCACAGUCGGGGCCCUGCAGGUGCCGGCGGGCGCGGCCUGUGCAGACGCAGGAGGCGGAGCCAGAGCCAGAGCCCAGCUUCGUGGAGGUGAUACACAACACCACUGUUUGCGUCAGGUUCGAUGACCCCUUCCUGCCGUACGUGCUGCGGGAGGUGAUGCAUGAUCCUGAGCAUCCACACUUGCUCAGGCUCUACGAGAGCGGGCUGCCCUCGUGGGCGAUCUACUUGCCGCAGUACCUCGGAGGCUUCUACCGCCGCUGGAUGCGGGUUGCGUUCUCCAUGCUCCUGCUGGUACUGUCGUGCGUGUCCUUGCUGCUAGGCCUCUACGAUUUGUUUUCCACGUUCCCUUCCCUGCAUCGCACCCUGAAGGGCAUCCUGCUCAUGCCCAUCUGCAAGUGGAUGGAGGAGGUGGUGGCGGCAAAGUGGGCGGUGCUCCUGGGCUGGCUGCUGCCGUCCCAGACGCUGGUUCGCUACUUCCGCAGCAGCUUCCAGCUGUGUGCAUCGUGUGCGGCCUACUUUGUGAGCAGCUUGUCCUUCUUUUUCUACUCCACGGUCUCGUGGUCCGUCCCGACGCUGCUGCCGUGGGUGGAGUUCGUCGUGGAGCCGCUCGGCGGCGUCCUGUGCGCCGGCUUCGCGCUGGUGCGGUCGCUCGUGGUCGUCAUCCGCGGGGUGCUCGCGGCCUGCCGCGGCGGCGUCUGGAGCGCCGCCGCGGGCCUCGGGAGGCUCUUUUCCAGCCCCGGGGGCGGCGCGCCGAUCACCACCAUGGGCCUGCUGAGCAUGCAGGCCAACGCCUUCAGGAAGGCGUGCAUGGGCAUCUACCAUGGGACUAUUUACUUCUGCGUGCUGGUCGCCAAGCACCAGGCGUCCCUGCGCUUGGCAAUACGGCGCUGCCUUCGCCGCAUGUGGCGGUACGUGGCCAGCGCCGUCUCGCGGAUGCCCGUGUGCGCGGGCCUCUUCGCCCUUGCCGCGACCGCGUUGCUGGUGCUUGCGCUGUGCAAGGGCGCCCCGCCUGGGCUGCCGGAGCACGGCGCGGCCUCCGGCGGCGGCGCGGGCACCGGCGGGCACGCGGUCGGCCACGAGCCCGCCGUCCUGGCCGUGGACCUGCUGUGCGCCUCGUCCGCCCCGGAGCGCUGCUGGGACCCGAGGCGCGGGGGCGCCCGGUGCGGCUGCCCCUACAGGGACCUGCGCGCUCUCAACGUGACGCUGGGCCACCCGGGCACAGUGUCGUUCGAGGUGCCGCCGCACCGCUUCCCGAACGGCUCCGCGACUCGCCAGGUCCGCUGCCGCGGCGCUGGCCACUGCCUCGUGCCGGCGCGCUCCCUGAGGAACAUCUUCGCCGGCGGCGCGGCCGAGGUCUGGGCGAUGGGCUCGCCGAGGGCGGCCGGCAG